CGUAGAGGUAAAAUAUUGUGAAAGCAUAGUUCAGAGUUUAAAGCAAAGUUGGGCUUGUUGAACUUAAAAUUCCUGCAUUAUCUUUCAGUUUUAUCCAGUUCCUUUUAAGAUGUCCUGCCAGCAGAGCCAGCAAAAGUGCCCACCUCCUCCUCCCAAGUGCAAGACUCCCCAGUGCCCCCCUGUCUCUUCCUGCUGUGGUUCCAGCUCCGGGGGCUGCUGCAGCUCUGGAGGUGGCAGCUGCUGCCUGAGCCAUCACAAGCCCCGAUUCUCUCUCCGUCGCCGACGUCACAGCUCUGGAUGCUGUAGCAGCAGUAGCAGCGGUGGCAGCAGCUGCUGUGGCAGUAGUUGUGGCAGCAGCAGUGGCAGCAGCUGCUGUGGCAGUAGCAGUGGCAGCAGCAGCUGCUGUGGCGGCAGCAGUGGUGGCAGCAGCUGCUGUGGUGGCAGUAGUGGUGGCAGCAGUGGCGGCAGCAGCUGCUGUGGCGGCAGUAGUGGUGGCAGCAGUGGCGGCAGCAGCUGCUGUGGCGGCAGUAGUGGUGGCAGCAGUGGCGGCAGCAGCUGCUGGAGGUAG